GUGAUCCGAGGCCUGCCAAGGAGUCUGGAUUCCGGUUUCGUGCGACGGAAGUGACGCUCUGCGGCGCGCCGCGGAGCCGAAAAUCGCAAUGAGUGGUGUCCUGUGUUCGCCAGCGGUCUGGUCCGUCCGGGCACUGAGGCUCGUGGUCUGGGCUUCCAGAAGCCUGCAUCAGCCGCCCGGUGGCCGGGCUCGGGCUCAACCUGCAGCCAGUGGGGAGGAGGACGAUCCUGACCGCCCCAUUCAGUUUUCCUCCAGCAAAGCCGUCCCUUUACGCUGGAAGGUAGAGCAGUCCCUGGGAAAGGAACAGCAGCGGCCGUGGUGGAAAGUGCUUCCCUUGAGUGUCUCUCUUAUGGUUCUGGUCAUCUGGUUCUAUGUGAGGCCGGAGACCAGCACAGACCAGUGGUUGAGACAAGUGUUAGAAGAAGUGCCUGAGCCCAGUGAUCGUUCCGAGGAACCUAGGAUUCAGGCUGCCUACGGGGCAAGAACUUCACAGGGUGCCCGCUGAGGUAGCAGGAGUGGAGCCGGCAACCACCCUUAAGAUUCAAUGUCGCGUUCGGCCGUGACGGUCCUGGUUACGCGUACGUCCUUGGUACUGAAAAGGUGUACGGCGCCCUUGGCUGUGUUGAUCCCUGAAGGCCGAGCACAAUGUCAGCAAAUCGGAACCUGCUCUUGAUGACCAGUGAUACCGUCCACAGACUUUUAAGAUUAGUAGGAAAAGAUUAAUAGGAAAGGUUUUACUUGCAUUGUGUGCUGUUGGGUUAGUGAUGUCUUUGUAUAACAUUAAUCAAGUUUCCAGAGCACUGGUGACACUUGUUUGCUUUCUGAGACAGAAUAACUGGCAGAGGCGUUAACCGUUAUUUUGUAAUAUACUAUGUUGUGUGUAAAUAAUAUCUAUUCAUGUUUUACACACUGAAAAUAAAUUUAAUUUUAUAAUACAGAACU